CACCUUUUUCAAAGGUUUGUCGGGUACCGGCGGUAAUGUGAUGUUAGUCUUAAGUGGAAUAAGCCAUGUGCACUGACCUAGAUGUUUGGUUAAAGAAGGCCUGCCUCCAGAACUGCACUCAUCCAUGCAGUAACAUGGAUGAGAGGGUGAGCUCUCAAGCACCCGGAAAGUCUCCGUUGUUUUUCAAAGUGACUCUUAAUAAAGUCUGUGGCUUUAGAGGUUAUGACUGUAUAUAUGAUACAUCAUUACUCAUCAUUAGCACUGUGAAAAUAGCUCUCAGGGUGAUCAAUUAGAGGCAACAGGGAUCUGUGAGUUGUCAGUGGUCUGGAUGCACAGUGAGGGAUCAGUGAGGAGGAGCCUAGACGAGAAGCAGCACAGCUCAGGGGAUAAUGCACGUUGCAAACAAAUGCCGUCUGUGUGUCCGUCUACAGAUAAGUUGCUGUUUGUCAUAAGAAAGCCAAAUACAGUGGGUGAAUGGGGGAUUCUCAACUGGAAAACUGGAAGGCCCUUGUUUGCAAGCAGUCACUUUGUAGUGCUCUCUGAACAAACGCACUCACAAAGCUCAGUGAAGCUAGUGCUCACAGCUUCAAACCACAUGCUGUGCCAUAAGAAAAUCUGCAUUUGUCUGUUGGUGAUUAGAAAGGAAAUAGCCCAGUAAACACUUUAAGCUCCACUGAGUUUCACCACAGCUGCAUAUGUGCAUUAGUAUGUGCUUGUUUUUUGAAAAAAAAAAAAGCUGCUUAUAGACUUUGAGUAAGAUGUCCCCACCUUUGCUUAUAGAGUCCCCCAAAGAGUGGACUGUUUCAUUUAAACUGUGUGAGAGAAGCACUCUCUCCAUCCACAGCUCAUGUCAAGCCAUUGGCAGCAGCGGCUUCUACUCUCAUGUGACCCCACUCACAUCAGCUCAGUGUCACACGCCACUGAGUGAGUUCAUGACCUUGCUGGAGCGGGACUGUUUUGUCUCACUCAGUAUCCAGCAGCACAAGCCGUAUACAUGCACUCAAAAGCAGCACACCUGCCCUCUCAGCGCCACACAGAAGUACCUGUCAUAUUUAUUUCUCUGCUCUUCUCUUCACCAAGGUAACUCGCACACUGUAAUGGCGUAUGACACGCCUCUACCAGCUGUUGUGCCUUAGUUGCGCGUAUUAAAAGAGGAUUAUUAUUUUUGUCAUAUGCAUCCCCCUUCCCCGGUCACCGGGGCAACAGCCAAAAAACAAUUCUCGGAGGCUGCAGGAGAGCGGGUGCCACGGACGUGAGUGGAUAUCGUCACACAGGAUGAUGAUCAGUCUGGAUAGGAGAAGUCUGAGCGGGUAAAUAUAGAAAAUAACGCGAGUGCCGCAGAUGCCUGCGAGUGAGUGAUCACAGGGGACGCAAAUAAGUGGGAGGCAGCUGGGGAGGCAGUUUUUGUCUGUGUGAGAGUGCGUGUGAUCAGCCCCAUUUGGGGGUAUUCAUAAAUAAAAAGGAACACUGGGUCAAGGCUUCAGACUGGUGUGCUUCAUAUAUCAAUACCCCCCACCCCCCGUAUGUUUCUGCUGUUUGUCUUCUUGCUAUAGAACAUGUUAUAGCACCACCUUCUUUUUCACUUCUUUCAUUUCUUGCGUCUCACUGUCAUCAUCUCUUCUAACCUUUAAUCUCUGUUAGAUUUCUCCUUUUUCUGAUGUUUUGUCGUCACAGUUAAAGCAUCUCCCACCUUCUCUGUGUCAUUUUUUUCUUAUCUCCUUUUCAAAUGUUUGAUCCUUUCAUCAGUGUGAUAUGGCAGUCACCACUACAGUUAUACUAUGGGGUUUUUUUCCCUAUUUUUUAUCCUUUGCGCAUCGUCUUGUCUUUUCCCAUCUCAUCAAGUUUAUGUCCCCGCUGCUAUUUGUCCUCCUGCCUCUUGUCAUCACUCUCCCUCGGGGCACCGGAGAGGUCACUGUACAUCAGCACCCACUGUCUGCAUGUGGCGUAUUGAUGUACGCGUGCGAGGGAAAGUGCUUGCAUGGCUGAUGUGCGUCGCUGCCGUCUGUGCGUAAGGCACAGGCAAAUCGGGAGGGGAAACGCUAUGUUGCAUGUGCUGCUGGCACUCUGCAAGUGUAUGCAAGAGAGGGAGGGAGAGGGGGGCAAACUUAGUUGGUGAGAGAGAGUGAGCAGAGAGGGAGGUAGUGUAUGACAGUCUACACACAGCGCUGCUCAGAGGCAGAGGGAAAGACUGAAGCUGCUUGUUGAGAGGUGACUCCCAGCUGCACCUCAACACCAGAAGUGCACACUUCCACUAAAUCAACAUCGCAGAAAAAGAGAGGCUCCAUACCAAGAAGUAAAAGCGUGGAACAAGUGAUGGAGCAUGUGAUGGAGCGCCACUACGACUUUGACCUCACCUACAUCACAGAGAGGAUCAUCUCAGUCUUCUUCCUGCCAGACCUGGAGGAGCAGCAGUACCGCAGAAACCUACAGGAAGUGGCCUCCAUGCUGAAAUCUAAGCACCAAGAUAAGUUUCUGCUUCUAAAUUUAUCAGAGAAGAGACAUGACAUCACCAGACUCUACCCAAAGGUGCAGGACUACGCCUGGCCCGAUCUUCAUGCUCCACCCCUGGACAGGAUCUGUGCUGUUUGUAAGGCCAUGGAGACGUGGCUAACUUCUGACCCAAACAAUGUAGUGGUCCUCCACUGCAAAGGGAACAAAGGAAAAACAGGGGUCAUUGUGGCAGCCUAUAUGCACUACAGCAAGAUAUCAGCAGGAGCCGACCAGGCCCUCACCACACUGGCCAUGAGGAAGUUCUGUGAAGAUAAAGUCUCCUCUUCCCUGCAGCCCUCUCAGAAGAGAUACAUCUACUACUUUGGUGGUUUGUUGUCAGGUACCAUCAAAAUGAACAGCAAUCCCCUGUUCCUUCACCAAAUCCUCAUUCCUUCACUACCAAACUUCCAGGCAGGAGGAGGUUUUUAUCCUUUCCUGAAAAUCUACCAGUCUCUUCAACUGGUGUAUACCUCAGGAGUCUAUGAUCCACAAAGCUCCAGGGCAAGAAAGCUGUGCGUGACUAUGGAGCCAGCACUACUAUUAAAGGGGGACAUUAUGGUAAAGUGCUACCACUGGCGAAGACGAGCAACAGAAAGAGAGGUGGUCUUUAGAGUCCAGUUCCACACCUGUACUGUUCAUGGAGCCCAGCUGUGGUUUGGCAAGAGUGAACUCGACCAAGCCUGCAUAGAUGACAGGUUCCCCCCUGAUGCUACAGCGGAGUUUAUCUUCGCUAAUGGACCAGAAAAAAUAAAAGGUCAAGAAUACCACCAGAAUGACACCUCCAUCAAAGUGGAAUAUAACACCUCGGAUCCUGUUGUCAGAUGGGACUCCUAUGAGAAUUUCAAUCUGCAUCAUGAAGACAGCAUGGAAAAUAUCUUUCAUACAAGGGGACCUCUGGAUGGAAGCUUAUACGCCCAAGUGAGGAAGCGACGUGGACCAGGAGCAACUGCCUCACCAGCAUCAACCAAUGGCUGCCUCACUACCAGCCCAACAGUGAAGACUCAAACUUCCAACCAAUCCAAGACUCUCAUUUACACCUCAAAUUCCAGCUACUCCUCAGUCCCCUCUGAUCACCUGGCUGACACUGCUCUAUCCAUUAAUGAAAGAGAUAAUAUUGACUAUCCAUUGAGGAGAAGCAAUAGGGAAGAUGAAACAAAAGAGAAGACAAGAGGAAAAGAAAGGGACAGAGAAACAGCUAUAUUAGAUGAUACAGACCCAUUGGGUCCUGGAGGGCUGAGACGAGAGCACUUGUGUUGCGGACAAGCAAGUAUAAAGUGUGGUGACAUGGGGUUGGAGAGGGACAGAGAGCCCUGUCUUCCCAACAGUCACUGUCUUGGACGUUGCAAGAGCAUUAAAAAUCAUCCAAAAAGUCAAACUCUGCCAGUUUUACCAUCCAAAUCAGUGUCCCCUCAUCCUCAUUCAGCUCAUAUGGAGCUCUGUCAUCGCCACAGUGCCCAUCCUCUACCAGAGUUGCCAUGGGAACGUUCAACGCCCCCUCUACCUCUACCUUUUUCCCAUAGGCCAUGUUACCCUUAUUCCACUCGCGAUCAUGCACACCCACACAGCCACACCCUGCCAGCCUCAAACAGACUCUGCACUGGGGAAGAGUGUCACCUUCUUCAUUAUUCCAGCCACGUCCCAGGGUCUCAUCUAUCCAACCAGCCGCAGCCAUCAAGCCCUUACAGAGAGAUGUUCUUUGGCUCUCCUGCACAGUCCUCUGGUUGUCCCUGGCAAGACUGCUCCUGCAGACGUGAACAUCAAUCAGCCUCAGUUAAAACAAUACUCUCAGCAUACCCAGACCAAUCAGAAACAAUACACUGGUCUCAAGGAACAGGUGUACCUCCACAAUGGGAAACUGAAAAUCCAUGGGACAUAGCAAGAGAGGCAGAAUUUUGGCAGUGCAAAUCCAAUACGCCUGUAUUUCAUCUCUACCAACCCUCUCUGGACCGAGGUCCAAAUCUAGAGCACCCUAGAUUUGCCGUUGCACCUCACCAGAACUACCCAAUCCCCCAGUCACUAAUAGAUAUACGGGAUGGAGCCAGCAGUGGAUACCACACACCCUUACAGCCGCGCCACUCCUGCCCCUGCUCACCUUAUCAGUCAUCUCCAGCUGAAAGCCAUGAGAGCCGAGGUUAUGCCUCAGGCUAUCACUCUGGAUCAGCCUCCCCUCUACCUGCUAAUAGCCCAUCACCUGCAAAAGGAAAGCUGCCCGAAACCCCACUGGGAUCCAGAGACCAAAUGCACAAUGAGCAUCGCAAAGUCGAAAAGGCCAAGACAGACGCAGAAGAUGAGAUAUCCCAACAUUCAGAAACUAAGUCUGAUUCUAAUGGACAAUCAAGCACCCCUGGACCAGACUCUGACCAUGACUACACACUGAUUGGUAGCAGCAGCCCCACACACACAGAAGACAGUGUAAAUGCUGACAGUCCUUCUCAAAGCCAAGACACAUCAACACCUCAAGAGUCCAGCGCAAGUAACAAAAAUGUGAAACCAACAGAAACACAAACUCAAGGUUCAAUCAUACCUGUCAACCCCGUGCAAACAUCAAGUGAGUCUUCUGAAAGUAGCUGUCCUGAUGGUAAACUUGGAGCAGCCAAGGUAACGGGACAUGCACAUGGAUCCAACACAUCACAUGCUUCAAGCUAUGCAACUGUCAUUAUCACCCCAGUUCAAGUGCAACUCAAUGGUUCUGCCCUCCCUAAUGAUAGCCCAUCAGACAGCAGCAGAGCUGUAUCCAUAAAUCAAGCAACUAGUUUAAGUUCUAGCCCUUCCACCACUUCCCCAAAUUCUCCUAUUAGUUCCCCGGAGCUACAGUCUUCUCCUCUGCGCUCCUCAUCUGCUACAGACACAGCAGGACAAAGCUUGACUCCAGACAGAGACAGCUCAGCUGACACCAAACCGCCUUCACCUGUUCCUGAUGGAUACCAUACACCAAACUUUCCCUCAGCAUCCUAUUACUACUCAUUACUAAAUGUCCCCCAUGUUCCAUACACUGGGUACACUGCAGUCACUAUCCCCGCCAUCCAGCCACCGCUCCCAGAGAAGAAACGCUUUUCCACAACAGCAGGAUCCCUAAAUGGACACAGUUCUCUAAUUCGGGCUUCCUCAGCUCCGUCCCCCACACAUCAUGUUACUUUCUCCCCUGCUGUUGGAGAGCAGAGAAGGGGGUCUGCACAUCACAGCUGUCGGGAGGAGCCAGACAUCAGGGUCAAUGCUAAGUUUGUCCAGGACAGCUCCAAGUACUGGUACAAACCAGGCAUCACCAGAGACCAAGCCAUAGCUGUGUUGAAGGACAAGGAACCAGGAAGUUUCCUCAUCAGAGAUAGCAAUUCCUUCCAGGGUGCCUAUGGCCUGGCCCUCAAAGUGGCUACCCCUCCUCCUAAUGCCAACUUCUCUGGGAGCAAAGGGGAUCCUCUGGAACAGCUGGUGAGACACUUCCUGAUCGAGUCUGGGCCGCGGGGAGUGAAGAUCAAGGGCUGUCAGAAUGAGUCCUACUUUGGAAGUUUAUCUGCCUUGGUGUACCAGCAUUCAAUUACUCCCAUCUCUUUGCCAUGUCCUCUUCACAUCCCAGAAAAAGAUCUGGUUGGGGAGCUUCAGGAAAUGCAGAGUGCAACAAAUACCAGCACUGCAGCUGAGCUCCUCAAACAAGGAGCAGCGUGCAACGUCCUCUACCUGAACUCUGUGGAAACAGAGUCGUUAACUGGGCCCGAAGCAGUUUCUAAGGCAACGAAGUUCACUUUGUCUCUGAAUCCACGCCCACUGGCAACCAUGGUCCACUUCAAAGUGUCCUCUCAGGGUAUCACACUAACUGACAGCAAAAGAAGGCUAUUUUUUAGGAGACACUACCCAAUCAACAGUGUCACCUUUAGCAGUCUUGAUCCUCAUGAUCAGAGGUGGACUAAUUCUGAUAGCACGUCAAGCAAGAUGUUUGGCUUUGUGGCGAGACGGACAGGCACUGCUACAGAGAACGUGUGUCACCUGUUUGCAGAGAUGGACCCCGAACAACCAGCUGUAGCAAUCGUCAACUUUAUCAACAAAGUCAUGCUGGGACCACAGCUACGGAGAUGAGAAAAAUGGAGAAUUUUGGGGGGGAAAAAAACCUCUCUGGACUGUUAGGGAUCUGAGGAAGACAUUAAAAUGGUUUUUGACAUAUUUUCUCAUGAAGUGUGUGUAUAUAGUUUUUGUUUGCGUUUAUACAAUUUGCAUCACUGUGCUUGGCUGUAUGACUGUUUUUAUAAGACUCUAAUUCUGACAAAUCACUGCUCUGUAGGUCAAAGUAUUAUUUAGAGGAAUAGCCAAAGAUUGACCUAAACUUGGUGGUAUUUGCUGAAUAAGACUGAAAAAGAGAUUUACUUUGUUUUGUGUUUGUAUCUUUUAUUAUUAUUGUUGUUAAAAUCAUUGAUUUGUUAUCAUUUUUCAAACUGUUCACAUGAUGAACAAACUUUUGAAACUGCAUGAGCAAGCAUCCAUGUUAUUUUCCUAACAUUUUCCAUACAUCAGUAUCAAAAGCUGAAGAAAAAGGGCUCAGAAUGUGACAGGAAGUAAGAGUCAUGUGUUAAAGGGUAAACUGGCAUAGUUGCACUUAUGAAACGCUGGAAAGAGUAAAACAAGUGAAUUCAUGAAAGUGUGUAUUCUGAUGAUCUAAGGCAAAGGUGUGGCUACAGGUUAACUCACUCAUUACAUAUAAAUGUGAAACAUUAUGAGUUUUGUCCUCACAGCAUGAAUACUAAUAAAGGUCUAACUACAAUAGAGCAUUAUGUUAACCAGAAUUUAAAAUGCAGACUAUCUAGCAAAAAAUUUUGUAAUGUAAAAUUUAAUCUUAAAAUAGAUUUUAACAAAUAUGCAGUAAGUUAAGAGGUCAUAAGCAUUACAUGAAUAUGAACAACUUUUCUUAUGUUGGUAAUGUCAUAAUAAAAGCGCAUAGAGAAGUUUUUAGUUAAUAAUCACUUCAUGAGUGAACUGUUCCACUUAAAACCAAAGACUAUUGUGAUACUUUGAACUGUUGCUUUUUUUUUUUAAAUAUAUUUUUCAUUUUGCUAUUUGUGUUUUUCCUGUACACUGAAACAGUAUCUAGGUUACUUCAGCACAAUUAUUAUUUUUCAUAUUGGAUUUUUAUGUAAAAGAAGUAAUAUAUUUUAGGUGUCUGAGGUGGUGAAAAGAAUGAUGUAUGUCAUAUUUGACAAGAACAUUAAAGCAAGUUUUCUGAAA